AUGCUGGUUUCGUUACAUAUCUGCGUUUUGCUGACGUUGCUCCUGCGUUCACCAUGCGUUAGUUUUAUUCUAAAGAGAGGUUCGCAACGUCAGGUUGUUGAUGCGCCUCGCCGACGUCUCGAACUGGGUGUCCAGUUUCGCACGAAGAUAGGCAAACGGCCGCACGGAACUAGCUCUCUGCGAGACGUUCGCCGUAGUCACUUCCAGGAGCUGACUAAUGAGCGCUGCAAGCUUUCGAAGGGCGACAACAAGGUCAUUCAUGAUGCGAAGAUGCUUUUCGUGAGCAACGUUGACCCGGAGAUAACGCAAGAAGCACUGGACUACUUGAUACAUUACAUCCAUGGCCCCUUAACGAGCUCUACUAGGCUUGUUAAAGAUCGUUAUACACAACGCCACAGGGGUUACGGGUUUAUAAGGUUCUCGACACCUGAGAUCGCAACGAGAACCUUGCUGUCGCUGAAUGGAGCUCGGCUGGGUAACCGCCAGAUAACGCUCUCGGAAGUCAUAUCGUCUUUGUACCAGCGCAAGAAAAUGCCUUCCAUUCUCCAGGCUGCAAAGCGCAUUAUACGGAAAGUUCACAGCCGGCCGAACAAAACGCAGGAAGUGGACAAAUACGAUGUGGCAUUUUUACCAAUCGAGCGAUAG